GCGCAACAGAAGACACAUUGUACUUGUAAUAUUUCUCUCUAGCGAAGCAAAACAAGAGAAGUAGGACCGCGAGAACCAGCGGACGAAGUUGAAUUAAAAUGUAGAGAGAUAAUCGCUCAUUCGUGUUUUUGUGUGACAAAACUGUUCAUCUGUCGAGUGAAAAUUGUUAAUUUUUUCUCUUUUGUUCUUUUUGUACUUCGGGUUUUACGAGAAAGCACACGUGUGCGAUGGAAAUACGGAGCGAUUGUGAGUGAGUUCAAUCAAACGGAGUCGAUAAACAGGGAAAAUGUCUCGGAGUUGGGGAUUAUCUCUCGAAUGAACUGAGAGCCGAGGGGAAUGAAAUAAAUAGGUUCAACAGUUGGUGGAUGGCUUUUAUCGGUGGAUACAAUAUGGUGGCCAUUUUGUGUUUGUGUGACGGGGGUAAUUAACGUGAUUGGGGGAUUGAGUGAAGUUUUUUUUGUGCUGGCGAGAGAGUGAAUUUUGAGGGGUCAUGGGGCUCGUGUGAAGGGUCUCGGGAGGUUUGUUUGGGAUUUUCGUGGUGAUGAUGAUGGCACCGCAGGUUGUGGGGGUUCUGCUGAAGAAACCUGGACAGCAGAAUCACCCACGUGUCGCGGCGAUGGAUCCACAGGAGACGAAAAUCAGAGGUGAACUGUAUGUCGAGGAUCUUGGUGAAAGGAGAAUGGUAUCGAUCAGAAUGGGUUGGCUAUGGGUCGAGGGAACACCGAGUCUAGCACUGAGGGCACUGAACCUUCGUCAGGCGUCGCCAGGAAUAUGUCAGCCACAUGCAUUAGCACUCGGAUUUACAUUGAGCAAUACCAAUGGCGAUCCACUUGCUACAUUUUGG